AACAAAUUUUGAAAUUUAACCAGCGGUUUCGCUCGGGCUCUUUGGGCACUCACUACUGUGAGGGCACUGCCGCACGGGCAUCAUACGGAGACACUCUGAUUCCAUUCAUGACUGUUGCUCCGUUCGUUUUCCAUUCUUUCUUCUUGUCUUCAUCAUAGUGUAACGGAGGCUCUGGCUAUAUCGUGAUUGCUCAGUUCAAAAAUUGGUGCGGGGACUUUGAGUUGAUUUCUUCAAGUACCAGCCGCAACUUCUGCAAUCUGCAGUAUCAACACUUGAAAUCUUCAUUCCCACACGUUGUGAUGGGAGUAAAGACUGCCAGCAGCCACCCGUUCUCCAUUUUGCCCCGGCUUGGUUUUCCUCCCAGUCACAAAACGGAGUCUUCAUCUCGUUCUCCCCGUGUCGACAAGCCAGAAGAAGAUUGGUAUAUUCCCUACAAUGGUCCGUUAGAACCGCCCAAGAGUGUCUCAUUGGCCAAGCAAGAUAUCGUGAGACACCCCGUUAACCAGGACGACGUGAAUACGCAUCUGGAAGACUCUCAACUACUGUACCGCUACCGGGACAUGUCCGUGAACGAUGCCAAACCAUUGGGGCUAGGCCCACCACCUGUACAAUUAGCUGGGUACCCCAGAACCAGAAUUCACUCUGACCUCACGAGGCGCACCGCGAGUUCGUCAAGUGCCAUCGACCCGACACGGCCGCAUCCUCGAUGGCACCAGACAAGUGCACCGCGCUUGCAAAUUCUUACUCAUACUAGCAUGGACGCUGGCGUAGGCGAAUCACCCAUGCCUGCGCAACGCAUUGGAAUAUCGAACCCCCGGAAAAAAAUGAGUCGGUUCUUCGGGUUCGGGUCUAGUAAAAAGCCAAAAGGACAAUCAAUCAGUACACCUGUAUCUCCUAUUAGUCGGACCAACGUGCCGGGAGCAUGGCUUCCCAGUUCCACCCAACACAGUACAAUCCAGGACAACGUUAAUUUUGCGACACCUCCCAAUUCUAGUCCCGACAAGGGCAAUCGCUUUGACUCACACUACUCCACACUACCACGACCAUCCCAAAGAAGUCAUACCCAUCACCACCGGCCACGGAUUGACACUGUGGAUCUCUCUUCAUCCAAGCAGUUUUCUGCUCGGCAUGUUGACUUUCAUGGAAAACCCGACCAGGACUCUUUACUUUCCUCCCCGGCCACAAACUAUGAUUCUCCAACUAUCUUCAUGGCUCACUCGAGUCACCCCUAUGCAAACACAUCCUCCUCUGUUUCCGUUUCCGCUCUUCGACCCGGUAUCUCUCAGCAAUCUCAUCAAGGACAUCAACAACUAGAUUCAAGCGCAUAUAAUACUCAAUUCUCGCACAAUCAAACUCGCCGUAGUCGAGCACUCACCUAUGCGAUCGACCCUCGCAGUCAUCGUGCUGUCGCAUUGGACAAACACGCACGUCUCUUGGCAUCACCACUGAAACCCUCUGUCUCCACCCCGAACCUUUCCGCCACAUCACACGGCAAGCAGCCUUCGCAACAGAGCACAAAAUCAACGCCACCAGUAUCAGGUGUCGAUCGCUGGCUAUCCCCCGAGACAUGGUGUGACGCGUUAUUCUUUCCACGUCCGCGCCUGAGGUCUGAGCGCGCACAUGGGCAAUAUGGAGGAAGUAGCGGACGAAUCGUCAGUCCACCAAUCACGCCUGUCGCUGAGGGCGCAUCACCGCGCCUCAGUCCUGCUCUGCGUGGCGGGAGACCACAAGUGUCGUCAGCUACACAUGAUGUACGGAAGGAACACCAUGUUUUGUUGAAAUCCAGGUCGGCCGUUGAUAUUCUGUCUGGCCCCUCUAUAUCUGGCAGACCUCGUACUGCGUCCACGCCUCAACAACGCCCAGAUCCAGACCCAGACCCAGUUCGGAACACAAGCCCCAAGGAAGAGGAAUCUGUACCGGGCCCAUCGACUGCGCAACAGGAACUCCGUCCGUCAGCCUCUGUGCCAUCGUUGACCCAGUAAGCUACAUUUUUUGUAGGUAGUUAUCUAGUAACCAAGUACUCCUGCAGAGUUCUUGAAGAAGGCGAGGUCCUAGAAGCACAACGAAAACGGUGGCAACACCAGGCCUCGCAUUCUUUUGGGAACAGCCG